CUUGCAAUACCAAAAUCGUUCUCUAUGCUGCUGUUCAACUUUACACAAGUGAGCAAAGACGUCGGUAAACAAGCUUGUGUCUAAGGUAUCAAGAACUAUGCUUCACCGGGUACGGCGGAUGUGGACAAAACUCUUUGGUCGCUACCUCUGGGUUACCAACACAGUGAGCUGCGGAGUUCUCUUAGGGAUCGGAGAUGGUAUACAACAGCGCAUAGAGCGAGCACGAGGAGUUUCCACUGGCGAGCAUUACGACUGGGCAAGGACAAGACGGCUGUUCCUUGUUGGUCUGAGCCAGGGACCUCCUCAUCAUGUGUUCUAUGUGUGGCUAGAUAAGGUUUUACCACAAAAGAAUGCAAAAACAGUUUUCAAGAAGAUUAUGGCCGACCAGUUCUUGGCCGCUCCGUUCUUCGCCGUUACUUUUUUCUUGUUUGCUGGCCUUCUGGAGGGAAAGACGCUGCCUGAAGCCUGGAAGGAGUUUAAGCAAAAGUUUCCUGCAGUUUAUUUGUUUGAUUGGUUCAUUUGGCCGCCAACACAGACAAUCAACUUCUAUUUUGUCCCGCUGCAGUACCGCGUGGUUUAUAUCAACUGCGUUACCAUUAUUUGGGAUAUCUUCCUUUCAUAUAUGAAGCACAAGGACCAAGUUAAAAAGCAAGAAAAGGAAAUUUGACAACAAAACUAAAUAGUAUUUUGUCAUUUCUAACAUGUUUGUGUGUUCUGUAACAAAUUUAUGAACAUAUAAUUAACAAAACAUAUUUACAUUUCCAUAUUGGUAAUUUUUUUACGGCCUCAGAACCCAAUGGUCGCAGAUGGCAUGAUAUACAUGCAAUGUCCAUUACAGUUAUAGUUUAUUAUAAAGACAAAUGCAUAUAAAAUAAUAGAUUUUAAUUCCUUUUAUACACUGCCAUUUCUCAGGGUGAACAUUUUUUUAAUGAAAUCUUAUUGUAUAAAACAGAAGGUCUUUCCAAAUUUAUACUCAUUUGAAUACAGGAAAUUGCAUGCUGAUAUUCCACUCCAGCUUAAAAAUUUAUUCUCUAAAAAAUUACUUCACAUUUUAUGAGUAAAUAGCAUUUCCAUGAUGUGUUUAAGAAAUUCAGAUUCAAUAUAUUUUUUAUAUUAAUGGCAUUAA